GCGCACGCAGGCGGAGGAGGAGAAGAGGUGCCGGGAGGCCGCGAACGAGGCCGCGGACGAGGAGCUGCGGCAGCGCGGCCGCAAGAAUCUCCGAGAGCUCCAGGAGUCCAUCAAGAAGCUCCACUCCGGGGGAGAGCGCCCGCCCCGCAGAGCCGGUGGUUUGCCUGCCUCUGUGGCGCGCUCCGGCAGUUCGACAGGGACUCGCCCUUCCGGUCCGUGA